AGUGUGAAAAGAAAUGAAAGCUUCCAUCGGAAAGCAAGCAGGUUCGGUAGCUAGCUAAAUAGCCUAGCGUAUCUUUGCCAGGCUGCUGUGGUGGGUUCUGGUAGGUUGGCAAGAAAUGUCGGAUUCACAGUCGGACACUAACUGGCGUCCUGCUCAGUCUUUCGAUCAUGUCGGAGAGCAAGACAUAGCGCUCAUAAUUAUCUGAUGACCAAGAUCUUGCACCAUCCUUGAUUGUAUCUGUUUACGCCGGAUAAGAAAGCAGAGAAAAUCAAUUAAGAUCGGAGGUCGACCUGGCUCAAGAUCCGUGAUGAGAUAGCCAGCCUUUACACAAGCCUGAGUAAAGACUUGAGCAUUUGUGUGCUGUUCCUCAGACACUGACGAGCAAGCGGGAACGGUAUCCAGCACCACAUAAACUGACAUAUUACACUGAAUAAUGUCUUACUACAACAGAGAACUUGUCGUGUACUUCAUCAAGUACAAGCUCUCCCAGAAAAACUACCCCUGCGACCACAUUGGGCUCACGGAAGAUGUGAACGGCCAGGUGGAGGAAGAGAACGCGGCGGGAGCGGGAGAGUUGGAGACGCCGACAGCAGUCGUUAACGGCUCCAUAAACGGCACAGCAUCGGCAGGCACUCCACCGCGAUCGCCAACUUUGUCCCCUCAAAGGCAGGUGAAUGGCGGCGCAAGCCUGGAGGCAGUAAAGGAGGCGCUGCGUGACUCUGGCAAUGAGUUCGAGCAGCGCUAUGCACGCGCCUUUAGCGACCUGUCGUCACAGUUGCAUAUCACUCCAGUCACGGUGUACCAGAGUUUUGAGAGCGUGAUGGACGAGGUGUUCCGCGACGGCGUCAACUGGGGCCGUAUCGUGGGCUUGUUCGCUUUUGGAGGUGCCCUCUGUGUCGAGUGCGUGGAAAAGGAGAUGAGUCCGCUAGUGGCACGUAUCGCCGAGUGGAUGACCGUCUACCUGGACAACCACAUCCAGCCCUGGAUUGAAGAGCAAGGAGGAUGGGAACGGUUUGCAGAGAUCUUCGGGCAAGAUGCAGCAGCAGAAAGCAGAAGGUCGCAGGAAAGCUUUAAGAAGUGGCUGCUGGCAGGUGUGACGCUCUUCACGGGGGUGGUGGUGGGCUCCUUCAUCGCUCAGAAGCGCCUGUAAAGAUUACUGAAGACGCAGCCUCCACCCAGUAUACACCUCAGACAUACAUGAAGGAACUUUUACCUUUUUUUGUUUUGUACUUGUUUUGUUUUUGUUUUUUUUGCCAGAAAUUGUUGUUUACACCGUCCUGCUCUCGUGGUGCACUGUGGACUGUACGAGUGGCCCAAGCACAACUGUAAACUUUGUAUAAACAGCCCCAAACUGAUGAAAGAGGGACUGUGUUGCUACUUGGCCCAAACCAGUGACGUUGCUCAAUAUCAUAAGACUUAGUAGAUUGAUUAAGUGAUAAUUAUUUUCUUUUUUUUUAAAGAAUUGAUCACUUUUCAGAGACUGUCCACUUAUUUCUGUUUGUUCAAUGUUUAAAAAAAAAAAAAAAAAAAAAAAAAAACCUUUACUGUUCUAUUCUAGUCUUUUAAAAUACACACAAAUAUUUUAUCUUUAAAGUGGACAGCAAGUAGCAAUGAUCCAGAUCUCUUGGGAAUGGAGUUGAAGCACCUGCUCACAGGUUCUAAAUGGAGUCUCAGAGUUGUUCAUGUUUUUUGACUCUUCUGAGGCUUGUAAAAUGGACAAGAGCAUGAUUGAAACCUUGCACUACAGUUUAAGUCCUUUCUGAUUCUAAUGUGUGAGUUCUUCGCAAGGAACCUUUUCACACAGAGGGGCUAAUGAGGGUAAAAGCGAUUUUUGCUCAACAACUUUGGUCUUUUUUGCAAGUAGAUUCUGAGCAAUUCUGUAGUUUAGUGUUGAGUUCCAGGCUAAUAUUUGUCCAGUUUGUAAUAGCAUGUAUGGGUUUCAUGAUGAGGGUCAAGAUUUGUUUAAGCUUUGCAAAAAGAAAAAAUUCUAAAUAAGUAAAAACAAAAACUAAGUUAAAUUCACCUGUUUUUUUUUCUUCUUUUUUUUCUUUUUUAAUAUUGCAUUAUUAAAUUAAAUUGAUUUAAAUUGUGGUAACUUUCUUUACACCAUUGGGAGUAUUGUAAUGAGAGCUAGAGCUGGCCCUUUCCUCUCUGUUAUUGUUGCCACACUGCAUCAUAAACGCGUAACAUGUAAUAGACUUAACCUAGAUUAAAGCCAAUCUCAACAAGA